AAAAAUAAUAAUUCAUAAAACGAAGCAGAGGAACAGAGAGCAACAACGGAAAGAAGAAAGGACUGAAAUGGCGUCAAACGCAGCGGUACCGUUUUGGAGAGCAGCAGGGAUGACAUACAUAACCUAUUCAAACAUCUGUGCAAAUCUUGUUAGGAAUUGCCUCAAGGAGCCUCACAAGACCGAAGCACUAACUCGCGAGAAGGUCCAUUUCUCUGUCUCCAAAUGGGUCGAUGGCAAGCCCCAAAAACCCACAAUGCGGUCGGAUACACCUGAAGCUUGAGGUGUGAAGUCUUCUAAAACCCUUUAAUGAAGGGUCUUUUGCAAUAGUGGUUUUUAAAUAUGUCUGUCUUGGGUAGAUUGGAAUUUGUUGGGCAUGUAUUGCCUUAAUUAAGACAAGAGUCAUAUUUUGGGUAUUGAUCUCUUAAAUAAUGAAGCUGAUAUUGGCCUACUCUUCUAUAAGAACCUUUUCUGUGAAAGUAAUUUCUGUUUUUAUUGUUAACAGAUCAUACGACUCUGCUUACAAAUGGAAUUUCCAUUCCUAAUGCAUUAUAUGGCUGUCACUUGAGCAACCUUUUGCAUCCAA